AUGUGCAAUAAGGAAGUUGAAACAGUAGAGCACCUUUUCUUCCAAUGUGAUCUAGCUCAAGCAAUUUGGUUUGCCUCUUCGUUUGGACUACGUCUGCAAGGUAACACUGAAAUCAACCUUCAAACUCUAGUUCAAUCUUGGAUCCAAAGGAACGAUAAUUUCUACUAUGUCUCUCUUGGAAUGGCCAUCUGUUGGGCCAUCUGGAAAAUAAGGAAUGAGAAAGUCUUUGAAGACAAACAAAACACAGUUCAUGGAGCAUUAAAAAUUGCUUUAUUCUGGUUUAAUCUAUACUACAACCCUCAUGCUGAGAAUGAAUCUGAAGCUGAAGAAAAUCAUCUGCAAAUACAACCAGAAGCGCCACAAAUUUGGAAGACACCUGAUGAUCCUUUCAUCAAAUUAAACGUAGAUGCAGCGUGGGAAAAUGGCUCUUAUGCUUGUGCAGUGGUGGCAAGAGAUCAUAAUGGAGUUUGCUGGGGUGCAGGUACUAGAAUUGGCAGAGCAUAUACACCUCUUUGUGCAGAAGCAGAUGGGUUCCUCCUGGCUACCGAACUUGCUACCUGGUUGAAUUUCAAAGACAUAGUAAUUGAAGGAGACUGCCAAAGGUCUUCAGCAUAUGCUACAGCCUGA